UCUCUCCAUCUGUGUCCCCCCCGUGGGUCCAGCCCCUGGCUUUUGCCAGACGGGCCACACAGCUGUGGGAGCCUGCCUGGGCCGAGGGUGGGGGAGGGACAGAUUCCUGGGGCUGGUGCAUCUCAGAAAAGGGGUUCAGUCUCCCUUAAGAGGCAACGCCCCCAGGCACCCCUUGCCAAGCUCCAUGGGCCAUGGGGACUUAGCGAGGUACAUAGGUCAGGGGAUGUGAAGCGUGGGAAUGUCUGGGAGCAGGUCUCAGGAGUCAGGGUUCAGAGAUGAGAAUUCAGAUGGUCCCCCUCUUGAGCCCCAGCGACCCCCUUCUUCCCACCCUGACCCAGAUGACAGGCAUCGUUGUUCCUUGGCCCCAUGGAUCCCUUGAGGCAGUCCCCCUCACCCAGUUCAUCACGGGCCUCCAGCCCAAGGACCCUCUCCUGCGAGAGGCUUGGUUAUGUGGGCAUCGAGGCUGUGCUGGACCAACUCAAGAUCAAGGCUAUGAAGAUGGGGUUUGAGUUCAACAUCAUGGUGGUGGGACAGAGCGGGCUGGGCAAGUCCACCAUGGUGAACACGCUCUUCAAGUCCAAGAUAUGGAAGUCCACGAUGCCAGGUCUGAGGGUGCCCAUGCCCCAGACGCUGCAGCUGCACUCUGUGACUCACGUCAUCGAGGAGAAUGGCGUGAAGCUUAAACUGACCGUGACCGACACACCUGGCUUUGGGGACCAAAUCAACAAUGACAAGUGCUGGGACCCCAUCCUGGGCUACAUCAAUGAGCAGUACGAGCGGUACCUGCAAGAGGAGAUCCUCAUCACCCGCCAGCGACACAUCCCCGACACGCGAGUGCACUGCUGCAUAUACUUUGUGCCGCCCACCGGGCACUGCCUGAGGCCCCUGGAUCUUGAGUUCCUGCAGCGGCUCUGCCGGGCUGUGAACGUGGUGCCCGUGAUAGCCCGGGCCGACAGCCUGACCAUUGAGGAGCGAGAGGCCUUCAGGCACAGGAUCCAGGAUGACCUGAAGACUCACAGCAUCGAGGUGUACCCUCAGAAGUCCUUUGACGAGGAUGUCAAUGACAAGAUCCUCAACAGCAAGAUCCGGGAGCGGAUCCCCUUCGCUGUGGUCGGGGCCGACCGAGAGCACAUGGUGAACGGGAGGUGUGUCCUGGGCCGGAAGACGAAGUGGGGCAUCAUUGAAGUGGAGAACAUGGCCCACUGUGAGUUCCCCCUCCUGAGAGACCUGCUUAUCCGCUCCCACCUCCAAGACCUGAAGGAUAUCACCCACAAUGUCCACUAUGAGAACUACCGCAUCAUCAGACUGAAAGAAAGCCACGCACUGCCCCAAGGGCCCGGCUGGGUGAACCUGGCCCCUGCCCCAUCCCCUGCCCCCACGGGCACCCGGGCCAGUCCCGGGCCUGCGAAGAUGUGCCGGUGGGCCGAGGACAACUCAGAUGAGGAUUUCUAAAUGAGUGCUGGGUGGCCCCCCAACACGCAGCUGUGUACUCGAGCAUGUAUUAAAGGUGGACAUUGCUUUUUAUGAAAAGCUGUGCUUUGAAAACAUGAGGCAUUUUGUAAAUGACUUCUUUGAGCUAUCCUCCAAUAAAAGUAUG